GCUCCCUGGCCCCGGGCCCUCCUUCCCCGGCUCCCGGCUGCUCCUGCUCCCUGACACCCGUGUCCCCUUAGACCAUCGACCAGUUUGAGUAUGAUGGCUGUGACAACUGCGAGACUUACCUGCAGAUGAAGGGGAACCGCGAGAUGGUCUAUGACUGCACCAGCUCCUCUUUCGAUGGGAUCAUUGCCAUGAUGAGCCCUGAGGACAGCUGGGUCUCCAAGUGGCAGCGGAUCAGUACCUUCAAGCCAGGUGUCUAUGCAGUGUCUGUGACCGGCCGCCUGCCACAAGGGAUUGUCCGAGAGCUGAAGAGCCGUGGCGUGGCCUACAAGUCUCGGGACACAGCCAUAAAAACAUGAAGGGCCCUUGUGCUGCCCGGAGAUCCCAGUGCUGCAUGGAACAGGCAGUGGGCACUGCUCCAAAACCUGUCAGCUGAGUCUGCUGCCUCGGCUCCCCUCGCUCGGUACCUCUGGACUGUGCCACACUAGAGACCACAGACAUUUACCUGAGCCUUGACAUGGGGGGAGGGUGUGAGUGGGGCUGGGAAGGGGUGUUCAGUCCAGAUGCCCAAGCUUUUUUACAGUUGGUGUGGGAAAGAGGGGAUUUGGGAAAUAGCUGAGUAAACAGUUCAAUAAAACACUGCCUGGUCAGGGCUGGGUCCAGCCUUCA